GAGAAAGCCGUCUGCCUGUGAAGCCUGACGCGGAGCUCGCUGGGACGCGGGAAGGGGGCGGGGCUUAGUGAAGUGUGGCUGGGAGCAGCAAGUCGCCUUCCGUCGCGCGCCUUUCGAGCGGUGGCGGACGUUGUCCACAAUGGCUGAACGACCUGAAGACCUGAACUUGCCCAAUGCUGUCAUAACUCGCAUCAUCAAGGAAGCGCUUCCCGAUGGAGUGAACAUUUCCAAAGAAGCCCGGAGUGCCAUCUCCCGAGCUGCCAGUGUGUUUGUGCUGUAUGCCACAUCAUGUGCCAAUAACUUUGCAAUGAAGGGGAAGAGGAAAACUCUGAAUGCCACAGAUGUCCUUUCAGCCAUGGAGGAAAUGGAGUUCCAGCGAUUUGUUGCCCCUCUGAAGGAAUCUUUGGAAGCUUACAGGCGUGAUCAGAAAGGCAAGAAAGGAACUGUGGAGCUUAAAAAGAAAGACAAAGAUAAGAAGGAAGAUUCUGAGAAUCCAGAUAAGAACCGGGAGGAUGAGAACGAAGAUGAGGACGAACGGAUGGAAGAGGAGGAACAAAAUGAAGAGGAGGAAGUGGAUAACUGAGCAGCUCCGUAAUACACUGCCAAGGCCAGGCAUCCUUUGUGUGUGGAAGGCAGUGACGCUGCCUCACUGCAGUAUACUGCAGUGCUGUCCUGCAGUAUACUGUCCUGCUGGUCUGUAAGGCCUUUUGUCAUAUUUGGGGAGCUCCAACAAAAGUCUCAGACUACAUCAGCUUGGGGCAAAACCUAUUUUGGAACAAAGUGCUAGUGAUGUUAAAAAAAAAGGCUGCUCCUUCCAUUGUAUGGAUGGCUUGUUAAUGUAAAAGACUAGGAUUUGGGGAUGAAGCACAAAGAUAUUCCCUUCAAAACAGGAGAAACAAACAUUAGUCGGCUUUGUUAAUGAUGUCUGAAGUCAGUGCUGGUGCAUCUCUGAGGCCAGUUGGGUUCAGAGGUGGGGUAUUAAAUGCACAGGCUGCAUUUUACUCAGACUCUUGGCCUGUUUCACUCCACUUCACAUGUGCUUCAGCUGUGCCUUUUUUUUUUUGUCUGAGGAUGCUGUUUGGGUCUUCUCUUGCCCUUCACGUCCAGUGUGUUCCUAUUGUGGCUAUCUUUGCCCACAUCUCUCAAUCUCCUGAUGCCUCUUCUUGAUUCAGAUUCAAUGCUACUGAUUUCUACCAUAAACUAUCCAAAGUGUGGUUUGAUAAACUGAAGCUUUUCUUCUAAAACAAUGUCAUUAAAAGGACCACCAAACUAAGGCAA